AUGGGUGAUGAGGAACAAGCAACUCUUGAUGGCCAAUUUGUAGAUUUUGCCAAAAUGUUAGAACCAAAAUUGAGAAGUGGAGAAACUAUCAACCUAUAUAGAAUGGACUACUGGCUGAGACAAGCAAAAGUACUAGAUGAUCGUAAAAUUACAAUGACCGAUACAGGAAUAAUCUUCAACAAGUUUUGUAAAACAGAGAUAAAGUUCGAUGAAUUCUUAGAAGUCUUGGAGGAAUUGUCCAUUACAAAAUGUCUGAACCUGGAGCAUUUACAUGAAGCCUUGACUAACUGUGGCCUCCCAGGCCAAACUCCGGUCGAAGUGCCUCAGUACAGUAGUUAUUUCAGGACGUACAAACCUAAAGAAAAGAUGGUGUUAAGCUAA